AGUUUAUGAUAAACAUUUCUAUAAUCAAUGCAUAAAUAUGAUGUGAAUGACAUUGGAACAUGACUGAUAUCUAUUCUACAUAGUUAAAGACACAAAUAUGAUGAAGUGAGGUUACAGAGAAAAGAUCCUGUAGCAUUUCAUUUAAUAUUUGAUUAUCUAAUGCAAUGACAUUCAGACAUUUUAAGUGUCCAAAUACUUGGAGCCACUGUAUAUCCUUCCUAAAAAAAUAAUAUAGUGUAAAAGUCCCUGUAUUGUGAGAUAGCAAUUAAUUUCUCACAAAAAGAAAGAAAGCUUUGCAGAGCACAAACAUCACUUCCUGGAAAUCUGACCGAACGUUUCUCAUCCUGAAAGUACUUGUGCAAUUAUUUGCUCAUCCCUGUUUUUAAAAGGACAAAAUCAUGUUUGAUUUUUCCCUUAAGUGACUUUUUGACUUGUUUGACCAUUGCCCCAUCUCUCUUUUUAAACAGGUUCACACUGCAAACACAUUGAUGCAUUGAGAUUAAUGGAUUGAAACUAACGUGUGUGUGCAUGAGCGUGUGUGUGUGGAUCAUGCCACCUGGGCAUCACUAUAUAAGACUCAGAACAUCAGGCUGGGACUGUGAAAUCGCACUGGGAGCCAAGAAGGAGAAACCAGCGAGACAACAUCAAAAUCGUUGAGUAUAUUUCUCCGUGACGACCCAAACGAAAAUCAAGGUAAGAUGAUGGUAAAGAUCUACGCCUUCAUUGGACUUUUACUUCUCAUCUUGAUCCAGAGCAGCCUGCAGAUUCCCAUACAAGACACGGAAGAAAACGCCAGCUUUAUGUCUGAGGAGGACGCACUAUUUAAUGACCCAAGAGAAGUUAACAACAUGAAGAGACAUUCAGAAGGCACCUUCUCAAACGAUUACAGUAAAUACCUGGAGACCAGGAGAGCACAAGACUUUGUUCAGUGGCUAAUGAACUCCAAAAGGAGCGGAGUUCCCACACGACGCCACGCAGACGGCACAUACACCAGUGAUGUCAGCUCCUACCUGCAGGACCAGGCGGCAAAAGAGUUCGUGUCCUGGCUGAAAACAGGGAGAGGGCGACGCGAGUGAGGAUUUUCCAGUACGAGAUAAAAACUACCCUGCAUAACUGUGAUAUUCGACGAUACUCUGUUUUAUAAUGACUAGUGCUGUCAGUUUCAUCGAAUCAUGCAAAUAAAUCUUUCUUCAAAUGAA